AUGCGUCUCGCUCUCCUCGCGUUCCCCGCUCUCGCUACGACGAGCGCCAUGAGAAUGCAAACAAUUGAUGAAAACCCACCGACGACGACGUGUCCAAGUGUGAAACCAUCUGAAGACGAGCAAAUGUUGCUUGAUGCGUGGCUUGACGCUCAUCAAUUGAAUGAAUACGGCUGUGACAAAUCAUCGGAUACCACGACGUUAACUUCGAAUCCCUGUGGUUCCUUUGAAUCGGUCUUGGCAUUUCAUCCGGAUCGUCCGUGGCUUCCAUUUGAUAAAUCUAUGAUGUGUUCGAGCUACGAGCAGAAACAAAUUGACGCCUGGACGAAAGAAAAUGAGCUCAAUCCAUACGGGGAUCCUCAGGGCACUGCCUAUUUAGGUGGUUCAGCCUUGUUUAAUGAAAACACGGGCGAUUCAAUCACAAUCUGUGAAAAAGUCCGUCGGAACCAGCCAACUUGUCCAUGGCUGUCGCAGUUCGUGACACUGGACGUGAUGUCUUGCAACGGACAAACACCUGAAUCUCAAUUCCCUGGAUGUGACCAGGCACCGGGAGCUACAACGCUCGGAGGUGUCCAAACACCUGGAACUCAAAUGCCUGUAGGUGGGCAAGCACCUGGAGCAACAACGCCUGGAGGUGGGAUGAAUGUCUAA